UUAGCAACAGGGCAGGAAUUUCACAUUCCGAAGUGAACAAUAGGAGAGGUUUUGCUGUUGUUUGGCCGAAGUAGGAACUGUUGCUGCAGAAAGCUCCGGACUCGCGCUGUUGUCUCCCAAAGCAGACGAUGCUGCGGUGCUGCCCCACGCGGCUCCAGCAUCCCGUGCCCAGUGCUGACGUGCCGAUCCCCUGCAGGUGCCGGUGCUGCGGCCCAUGGACCUGAUGGUGGAGGCCACUCCCCGCAGGGUGUUCGCCAACGCGCACACGUACCACAUCAACUCCAUAUCCGUCAACAGCGACUACGAGACCUACAUGUCGGCCGACGACCUGCGGAUAAACCUCUGGAACUUUGAGAUCACAAAUCAGAGCUUCAAUAUCGUGGACAUCAAGCCGGCCAACAUGGAGGAGCUGACGGAAGUGAUCACCGCCGCCGAGUUCCACCCCCACCACUGCAACACCUUCGUGUACAGCAGCAGCAAAGGCACCAUCCGGCUGUGCGACAUGCGCACCUCCGCCCUCUGCGACCGCCACGCCAAGUUUUUUGAGGAGCCUGAGGACCCCAGUAACCGCUCCUUCUUUUCUGAGAUCAUCUCCUCCAUCUCCGACGUCAAAUUCAGCCACAGCGGGAGGUACAUCAUGACCCGGGACUACCUCACUGUCAAGGUGUGGGACUUGAACAUGGAGAACCGGCCCAUCGAGACCUACCAGGUCCAUGACUACCUGCGGAGCAAGCUGUGCUCGCUGUAUGAGAACGACUGCAUCUUCGACAAGUUCGAGUGCGUGUGGAACGGCUCUGACAGUGUCAUCAUGACCGGCUCCUACAACAACUUCUUCCGCAUGUUUGACCGCAACACCAAGCGGGACGUGACGCUGGAGGCCUCGCGGGAGAACAGCAAACCACGCGCCGUCCUCAAACCCCGCAAGGUCUGCGUGGGAGGCAAGAGGAGGAAAGAUGAGAUCAGCGUGGACAGUCUGGACUUCAGCAAAAAGAUCCUGCAUACGGCUUGGCACCCUUCAGAGAAUAUCAUUGCUGUGGCAGCGACAAAUAACCUGUAUAUAUUCCAGGACAAGGUUAAUUAGGAGGACAAGUUAUUCUUUAGGAGUCUCUCAUGUACUGAAUACUAGUAAACACAAGAUUCCAAAUG